CAGUCAAACAUGAGACUUUGUACAAAAGGAAAGGGUUUUACUUAUCUGAACUCCAGCUGAUCAUCAUCAUUUCUAAACUUUAUUUUAUGAAGACCGUAAACAGGAUCGUGGCGGAAAGGGAACGACUAAUUACGCAUUUAUGGAAAUGACUCAAAAAACCCUCCAGGAAUAGUUAUUAUGUGUGACUGUUGGGUUUAAAUCUGUUUAUUUUGGCCCAUGGGGAUACCAGAUCUCUAGAUCCGCUCCUCUGGGAUCAGUUCAUGACUCAUCCCGGCUCUGUCCCGCUCCAUCAGCCAGCCGGACUGCGGUGCGCUGAGGUGGGGAGGGGAGAAGGGGACCCUUCUUUCUCGGAAACUGGUGAAGUUUUGCGUCUGGCGCGCAUCCAGACUGCACACUCUGAAUAUACGCCUUAACACCAGACUCUGCUUCACUGUCACAUAAAAGAAAAAUGCCAAUCCUAAGCCAGGGUGUCUCACUCGAUGCCCACAAACUCAACCCGGGAACUCCUUAAGGCUGAGCGCUCCUUCAUCCAAGCAUCUGUGACCAUGACUUCGCUUCUGCCUUCGUCCAAGGCUCUCUACAUCGGGAUGGAGGUAGUGAUCGCCGUGUCCUCUGUCAUCGGUAACGUGAUGGUGGUUUGGGCUGUGCGCAUCAACCGCUCUCUGAGAGAAACCACCUUCUGUUUUAUCGUCUCCCUGGCCUUGGCUGACAUUGCGGUCGGAGCUCUUGUCAUCCCGCUCGCCAUAACCAUCAGCAUCGGGCUCCAGACGCACUUCUACAGCUGCCUGCUGUCCGCCUGCACGGUGCUGGUCCUCACCCAAAGUUCAAUUCUUGCGCUGCUGGCCAUCGCCAUCGAUCGCUACCUGAGAGUCAAAAUCCCCAUGAGUUACAAGCGAGUGGUGACCCCUCGGCGAGCUGGGACAUCUGUGCUUUUAUGUUGGCUGGUAUCCAUCCUUGUUGGCCUCACGCCAAUGUUUGGCUGGAACAAUCUGCAACGUCUUCUUAACAACAACACCUUGAUCACCGAAGAGCUGGUGGUGACCUGUGAGUUUGAGACAGUCAUCAGCAUGGACUAUAUGGUCUACUUUAACUUCUUUGGCUGGGUCCUGCCACCUCUGCUGCUCAUGCUGGCCAUCUACGUAGAGAUUUUCUACAUGAUCCAUAAACAACUCGACAAGAAGGUGUCAGCAAGCCACAUGGAUCCCAGGCGUUACUUUGGAAAGGAACUUAAAUUAGCCAAGUCUCUUGCCCUCGUCCUUUUCCUCUUCGCAGUCAGCUGGCUCCCACUUCACAUCCUCAACUGCAUCUCCCUCUUCAUCCCUGACUGCAAGCCGUCAACGUACCUAAUUUACAUAGCCAUCAUCCUCUCCCACGGCAACUCAGCUGUCAACCCCAUCGUCUACGCUUUCCGCAUCAAGAAGUUUCGUACAGCGUUUCUUAAAAUCUGGAAACAGUACAUCCUCUGCCAGGACCCCAUCGGUCGUCUUCCUCAGAGAGGGAGCCAGAGAGCACAGAGGCGCGAGAUGAGGCUCAGGCAGAACGACGACGAUGAUGACGACGUUUGACCUUUGGGAACUAAUUGUGCUACUUGUGUCACUGACGAUUUUUAAAGCAGUUGUUUACAGAAGGGAAGAGACUUCAUGCUUGAGGAGCUGCAGAUCACAAUGGCAUUCAGGGUAUAACAGACACUCAAUCAUGGGUUGCAGGAUUUCCUCCUUCUGACAUUCAACAAGAAGAAAGGAUUACAAACCCUAGUAGGGAUCUGUCGUCGGAAUGACAAUGUCUCUUUUCUCAGCAAAACUGACACGGUGUCUGGUGAGGAAAGCGGCCCUUUUAAAACCAAUCUGUCUGACUCAAAGCGAUGAGUGCAUAUGCAUAGCACCUCUGGCACCAUACCCUUGUGUCUUGUAUGUGUUGAUUUAAUUUACAGUUCCCACCUUUCAAGAUCUAAAAGAGUUCAAAUGUAUUAUCCUGAAGUCUACAUCAAAAUGUUUAAUUCUGUGGCCUUAAGAAAAAAAAAGCUCUUCUUUAACUGUGUGAACAUAAUGACUCUGGUAAACCAAUGGAGACUGAAGAGGAAGUUUUUUGAACAAGCUUGGUGCUUUGACAAGACUUUGGACAUGGGGGAUGUUUUAGAUUACUAUCAAAUCAGGAUGUUGAGAAAAAUGGCUGCUUUAUUGACAUUAUAUUAAAACUAAAACUAAUCAAACUCUGUAUUCCCUUGAAACUCUUUAUAUUUUUUCACAAUGUACUUCAGUGUUUUUUUUAUUGCAUUGUAUUCCUGACAAGCCAAGACAGACCAUAGAAUACCUGAAAUGGAUGAAAAAAUGGUACAUGUUUGCAAAACAAGUAGAAAAAUACAACAAAUACAAGUCAAUUUCAAAAUACUUUAUUAAUCCCAAAGGAUAAUUAAAUGUUGCAGGGACUCAUAGGUUAUAAUUUAUCCGGGUUUAGUACGUGUUGAUAGCUGUAUUCUAUAGAGGUCUGCCUUGCACCGGAUCUGGAGAACCCUCUGACUAAGGACACUGUUGUUUAAAACACUUUGCUCACCGUUGCCCAUAAUCUUCUUCACUUUAUGAAUAAUUCUUCUUUGUGAAAUAAUCUCCAGAGGUUCCUUCUUCUAGAUGGCUUCACAGUUGUGUCUUCAAUCUAGUUUGUUGUCCAUGUGAACAACAAGGUAUUCAUACUCCUCAACCACCUCCACUUCUUUUCCUUUGAUGUUAAUAGGAUUCAACUUGUUCCUGUUUCAUCUGAAAUCUACAAUCAUCUCCCUUGUUUUGUUGACAUUCAGGAUCAGAUGAUUGUUUCCACACCAUGCAACAAAGCAGUUCACCAUCUCUCUGUACUCAGCUUAUUGUCGAUCUUUGAUGCACCCAAUGACUGCAGAGUCAUCUAAGUAUUUCUGCUGAUAACAGGAUUCUGUUGGGUACUAGAAGUCAAACAUGUAGUAGAUGGAAUGGAGAGAGUACAGUCCCCUGUGGUGCUCCUGUACACUUAUUAGCCUCUCUCUACUCUGCUGCACCUAAAUAAACAUCACAUGCUUUUUCAAUUCAGAAAUCCUUGCCAAUGUGUAAUUUAAUCUCAGUAAAACUCCAUCUUUUGUUUGAAUUCCUAGGAGCUUUGAUAGAGUACAUUCGUGAACAAGUAGUAUUAUAGAGAGCAAACUAGGGAAGUCCCAAUAUAACCCCAAGUCUGGCAGCUGUAAACAGUUCUUUAAGUUUUACAUUUUAAGUUAUGUAACUGACUGUUUUUCUUCCUUUCACUUUUAAGUUAUAGAGUGCUGUAUUUUCAGUUGGUCUGUCAAAUGCAAUCCAGUAAAAUACUCUGAGGUAUGUGGUUGUAACAUGAUAAUACAGGUUAUGGUUUUAGUAUAUGAACACUUUUUGAAAGGCACUGUAUGUGGGCUUUUUUAAGUAUUGGAGGCCCUGUCCACUCUGAAGGAAAAUUUGUAGAUUGUUAUUAGUA